CCUGGAUGACUGCCAGUCACAGGGGUCACUCGGAACUUCUCGGGCGAGAAGAUCCCGGGAGACCCGAACGUAGCUAUCGGCGCGUAAUUUAUAGACUCGCGACCAGGUGCGCUACGUGUCACGUGCGUGACUUUGUUUACAUUAGUACUCGACCUGCGCAGAGCGCGAGGAGAUACAUCCACUCUGUUUACUGCCACUGGCAGUCAGGAGGGAACGAAACAACCACUAGAAAUAAAUCGGGAGCCAAUCCGAUUGUUUCAACGCUGACAGAUAUCGGUUGGUGGGUUAGCUUGUUUUAGUAACCCGGAGUCGCCGUCUGUGAUUGUAUAUGUUUAGUACUCUUAUCCCACCCAACCGUGUCGCGCUGACGCACAAAACAUUUCCACCUUCUCUGCAGCCAUAUGUAAUGACGAACUUCCUCCAGCGUCGCUAACGCUGCGCUGUGCUAAAGUAACCGGAGGAGAUUGUGUCGUAGAUAGUUUGGUCAAUAUUAGAAGUAAACAAACCGUCCUGGCCCGCGUGGAAGACCUCGGUACAAUUUGGACGUAUUUGUCUGGGAUGUAUGGAUGGAUAGUUGACGGAAUCUCGUCGCUGUUUGAACCCGUUUCGGGGCAAAACUCCACCGAGUGGUCCGGGGAAAGGAACGAUAGCGAGAAAGAACCCACGCUACCUGACGUGACAACCGCAUCACGGCUGCAGGAAAGCGGCAGCAGACCGGUUAAACGGAAUUAUCAAAGUGUGUUUGUUGCUGAUAAUGUUUGUCAGAGUGACCCGGUAGAGGUCAAAAGACCUAGACGAGAUGUAGUAAUCAGCUUUGUGAAGAAGACAGUCACUGGAUUAGCAGGACUACUCAGGCUGCGGAAGAAGUGUGACAAUGCGAUGGAGCACAAGGAGACGCAGCCGGUCGCUCUGAUUGGUAUAGAUGAGCUUCACACUUCAUGGAUCAGCUGUGCUGACUGGAGAAUGGAUAAUUCAGUGGUAAACAACAAGGGUGGGAAGAAUCCCUUCCAGAGCUCUCAGCCCCCGUUGCUAAGGAAACACAGUGGGACAGUGCUGCCUGCAGGACUCUCAGACAGGGAGAAGAGGGGCUCCCUCCAGCUGCUGCCCUCCAGGCCUGCUGUUAGAGGAGGAGGUGCUCAUCCUGAACUCGCAUGCAGUGGCUUUGGACACAACCGCUGCUACAAGCCCAGUCUUACUGUGGAGGAGGCCAUUAAGCAGAACAACAAGGAGCACUACAGACGCCUGCUGGAGAUGGUGACGGAGAAGUACAGCAAAAACCAGCCGCUACCGUUCCACCAAACCAAACCCAAAGAGGAGUCGCUGGCCCACGCUUCUCACAGAACGUCUGCUUCAGAGAAAACCUUUGAAAGCGUUUCCAGGAGGGCGGGAUGCACAACUGCACCAACUAUGUUUCCAUACAGGAACUCUUCUGCAACAAAGGACAGAUGGGGUGGCUUGACUCUCCGUGGAACCUUUGAUGAUCCACAAUCCGUCAGAUGUUCAAAGCAGAAACAGACAGCAGAGGUGGACCUUUCUACAGAAGUAGCAACUCGUCUUAAUCUAGUGGACAGAGACAUGUCUGCUGCUGUCUUCCCUGAAGGACAGCCAACAUACGUGUCUCACACUAGACAUGGAGGAGAGGACGUGCCGAGGCUGACUAAAGAAAUGGCAGCAGAGAUCAGCGAAGCUCUGGCUCAGAGCGACCCCAGCCUUGUUUUAAGUGCAGCCUUCAAGCUUCGCAUCACACAGCGAGACCUGGCCACGCUGCAGGAAGGUGGAUGGCUCAACGACGAGGUUAUAAACUUCUACCUGUCCCUCAUCAUGGAGCGGAGCUCUGGGAAAGCAGCACAGUUAAAGGUCUACUCCUUCAGCACCUUCUUCUUCCCAAAGCUGCGAGGAGGAGGACAGCCUGGAGGACACACGGCAGUGAAGCGUUGGACCAAGGCUGUUGACAUCUUUGUCUUUGACCUCAUUCUGGUUCCGCUGCAUCUUGGCGUCCACUGGGCGAUGGCUAUAAUAGACUUUAAGUCAAAGACAGUGAAAUCCUUUGAUUCGAUGGGUCAGAGACAUGACGACAUCUGUAGACUCUUACUACUCUACCUGAAAGAGGAGCACAGAGUGAAGAAGGGCAAAGAGCUCGACAGCACCAAAUGGACUGUUGGGAGUUUGAAAGCUGGCGAGAUUCCACAGCAGAGGAAUGGCAACGACUGUGGUGUGUUCGCCUGUAAAUAUGCAGAUUAUAUAGCAAAAGCAAGGCCUCUCACGUUCAAACAGUGCCACAUGCCUCUCUUCAGGAAGGUAAUGAUGUGGGAAAUUCUCAAUCAGAAGCUGCUAUAGAGGAUGGCGAUGCUUGACGACGGGCUGAUCUCACUUAAUGGGCCAAAGACAAGAACUGGACUGAAAUCUAACCCAGAUUUGGAUAAUUAAACACUAGUCUUAACUUAAGUCUCAUCUCUUAUAGGGGCAAUAAUUUAUAUUCUCUGAGUUCUAAUUGGAGAUGUUGCUUCAUAAGAAGUUGUUUCUCAACCUUUGGCACAAGUGAAUGGCUUCUUUGAUCUACGAUAAGUGCCUUUAGCUUCCUCCCUCACUGAGCCCAGUUUAAAUGAUUCUUUGGGUUCUGACAUGUUUCUGGCUUUUUGAUAACUUUGAAUUUAUUACCCAAAAUUCAGUGAAUUUGUUUGUUGUGGCUUAUAGAAACCCUAUGGCAAUUUGGCUUUUUCUGAGUUAAAGAGAAUAUAAGCACUUACAUUUUUAAAUGAAUAAAUCUUUUUGUGAGAUAUGAACAUUGACAUGUUUAAAUACCUCCUGCCAUUUUUGCAGAUAAAGUGCAUGAUUGAGUGUUUGCUCAAAAAACAGUAAUUAUACUAUAACUUAUGACUUGACUGAAUAGAUGAGUGAUUUGGGGAUGAAUGCUUGUGUAUUUUAUUUACAAUGAGUGGAGAUUAUCCUGUUGGUUUAUCGUACCAGGAAGUGCUGGAAAAUCUGUAAAUGUUUUCUAGUUUGCUUACUUCAGAAGUCCAGUAGGGCUGGUACUAAGACUACUGUACAGAUGUGCAUGUUUGUGUUUGAUGUAAAAAAAUGUGAUAUUUCUCACCUGUGAUAAAGAUUUCUUUCUCUUUG